AUGAGGUUUGCAUAGAGAUAAAUAAGUAACCAAUUGAUUUUACAGAAGUUUUUCUCCUCUGUUUCUUAUCUUUUGAGUGCAUCUAAUCAGAAGACAAGUUUUAAUAUACUCAAAAUAUAAGGGCUUGA